AUGCGGGGCCUGGUGGUCGCCGCUUUCCUGCUGCAGAGCAUCGCAGUUUCGGGCGCACUGGUCAGAGGGAAGAGAAAUGUGGACCCUGAAACGAACAUGAACAUCAGUCAAAUUAUUACCUUCAGGGGAUAUCCUAGUGAGGAGUAUGAGGUAACAACAGAAGAUGGGUAUAUCCUUUCCAUUAACAGAAUUCCAUAUGGAAGAAAAGGCCGUGAGAGGAGUGAAGGUCCAAGGCCUGCUGUGUUUCUGCAGCAUGGUUUGCUUGCAGACGCCAGCAAUUGGAUCACAAACUUGGAUUACAACAGCCUCGGCUUUAUGCUGGCAGAUGCUGGCUUUGAUGUGUGGCUGGGUAACAGCAGAGGGAACACCUGGUCCAGGAAACACACACACUUCACAGUGAAGGAAGAAGAAUUCUGGGUUUUCAGCUUUGAUGAAAUGGCUAAGUAUGACAUUCCAGCCUCAGUGGACUUCAUUUUGGAGAAAACUGGCCAGGAACAAGUAUUUUAUGUUGGCCAUUCACAGGGAACCACAAUGGCUUUCAUUGCUUUUUCAACUUUGCCACAGCUGGCUAAGAAAAUCAAAAUGUACUUUGCCCUGGCACCAGUAGCUACAGUCAAGUUUGCCACUAGCCCUCUGGCAAAACUGGGAGUGUUUCCUGACUUGCUACUCAAGGACAUGUUUGGAAAGAAACAAUUCCUCCCUCAGAAUUUUUUGCUGAAGUGGCUUGCCACCCAUGUUUGCACCCACAGAAUACUUGAUGACCUUUGUGGCAACUUAUUCUUUCUUCUGUGUGGCUUUAAUGAGAAGAACUUGAAUAUGAGCCGAGUGGAUGUGUAUUCAACACACUGCCCUGCAGGGACAUCUGUACAGAACAUGAUCCACUGGAGCCAGGCAGUGAAGACUGGGGAACUCAAAGCUUAUGACUGGGGGAGCAAGGCUGCAAAUAUGGCGCACUACAACCAGUCUACUCCCCCUUUGUACAAAAUAAGAGAGAUGACUGUACCAACCGCGGUGUGGACCGGUGGACACGACUGGCUGGCAGACCCAAAGGAUGUUGCUAUGCUGCUGACUCAAAUCACAAACUUGGUUUACCACAAAAACAUUCCAGAAUGGGAACAUUUGGAUUUCAUCUGGGGCCUUGACGCACCUUACCGCAUGUAUAAUGAAAUAAUUAACAUGAUUAGGAAGUAUCUCUAAACCAGCAUGGUAUUUCAGAGUAUUAACUCACCAGGAAUUCGUCUUUUUGGAACAUAACGCUUUUCUGGCAAUAAUGCUGCAUUGUUUACUUAUGGUGCAUUUUUAAAAUGCCAGCAACGACUACUGAAUUGGAUUCAUAUUUGUUUUUUGUUUUUCUCAGUAUUAUUUCUCUCUCCUGCAGAGAGAUCUCCUGCAGGUAUCACUGCAUCCUGCUGAUAUUGCACACAGUGGCAUGGUACUCAAAA